CCCAAUAUAACAAGCAAAUAUUAUAGAGGUUUUUUUCAGACUCUCUCGAUAAUCUCUAAUGGCAAAUGACGUCGAUGUCAUUGACCUUAAGCGUAAAUUCAAGGAUGUCUUACGUGCUUACUGGCGUCAGCAUAAAAGUCACCAUGAAGGCGAGGAUACGGAACAAUAUGAUGUUGCGCAGCACAUAGCGUCCAGUAUUUUUGCAUUGUAUUGGGACAAGCCUAUUUAUGAGCCUCUUAGGAAGGAUAAAACGGAAAUUAUGAACUAUUUUAUAAAACACAUUCAACUCUCGAAAACCCGAGAGGGCCAGUCGAACAAUUUGCACCUUAAAACCGCCUCGUCGCUUCCAGGCCGCAUUGGCGACCGAAAAAUCAACGAUGUAGAAAAAGCCGUACAAGGCAUACAGGCAAUGGCUUCUGGAAACAACAAUGACCUACAACCCAUUAAAUAUUUGAAAGAAGAACUUGAUUUGGCUUCUUCAAAGUGGUACCUCAAAAAUGAAGCACACUCUAAGUCAGUUGAACCAUAUUCCAUCAAUGGGAUCAAUCUAGGCUCGAAAUCUGGCGUAUGUUCCCCGCAACCUUCAGAACCUCUGAAGGCCUGGAUUAAAACAAAUCUGCCAAAAUCCCAACUGUACUAUACUCUUCUAGUUGAGGGCAUACCAUCUUGCUUCCCAGAGAAGACGAUCCGCCUAGAGCUCAUUAAAGCACUACAGACACAGUAUGGUGUCGAAGUCACAGAAAUUUUAUCAGUUCCGUACUCGUCAAAAAAAAAUAUUUACAAACUUCUUCUACCCUCGACGGAAGAAUGCGUCCAACUAGAUUCUCAGCUCGUCAAAAUCAAGUCUGUUUCCCACUACUUAAUGCUGAUGUAUCCUGCAACGAUCCUGAACAAACUCGAAACGUCGAGACCUCGAAGGUCUAACAGAAAACGUAAAUUCCCUGAUGAAGAAAACGGAAUAGCAAAAAAAAGGUGCUACGAUGCUUCGAAAGAGGAUUUUGAUAGUUCAGACGAGAAUGUCCAGGCAGACGGCGGCAUAUUGACACCUGCUGCUCCAUUCUUUAACGCAAAGGAGAGCCACCUGAUUGAAACUGACAGCUUUGUGGCCGACCGUAUAUUAAGGCAACGUUGGGUGAAUAACAAAAUACAGUACCAACUGCGCCUGCGAGGUGAAAAGCAGACCAUUAAGCUCUGGAUAUUUGAUGAAGACAUUUAUUCAGAAUUUGAAUCAAAUCGACGUAAUGCUGCAAUGAUGCGUUUCCAACAAGGAAACUACCAAAACUUGAAUGUAAAUAAUUCUGUCUCUCUGCCAGAGAUUCAAGAAAUUCUAGGCGUAAAGAUGGUUAAGGAACAGCUCAUGUUCUACGUCAAAUGGAAAAAAUCUGAAAUAUACACAUUUGUUCCAAGUCCAAUUGUACAUAAAAUCGCGCCGCAGCAAGUAAUUCAGUUUUACGAAAGCCGCCUUUCGUUCAAAGAUUCACCGAACAACACAUCUAGCAACACUCCAUCGUCUGCCAUUUACCAAGUAAAUUCCUCCACUUCACAAAACGAAUCCAACUCGGGCGAUCCGAACGCUCAACCUGAAACAUCCAAUAAACUGGAAUCACCGAAUAAAAAUACUACCGACGACCUGCUCAGCAUCACCGACAUAAACAAAUCACUCGAACUGGCCCUCGACGGCGACCAUGCUUCAUUUUUACAGUAA